CACACACAAAGAAACACAGUGAACACAGUAAACAGUUGGUGGACUGUAGGAAACUGAGCCAGUAUAACCACUGCGUCACUAACCUGUCAGAGUCAUGAUGGAGCUUUCAUACCAGUCUAUGAAAGUCGCCCAUCAAGCCCGGGAAGCGGAUGAGCUGAGGACUGAGAUGAGGAGGAAGAGCCUCCUCAGCCUCAUUUACCACCACCUGCUGGGGCAAGGCUACGUGGCUGCAGCAGUGGCCUUGGACCAGGAGACUAAUGGAGGUGUGAGGAGGUUCGAGGUCUGUGACAACAUCGAUCUGGAGAUGGUGCUGAUGGAGUACGAGAGUUAUCACUACGUCAAGUUCCAGAAAUAUCCCAAACUUAUCAGGAGAACAGCAGAACCAGGUGAAAACAGAAAUGCAAGAAGUGGUGGAGUAAAGAGGAGUCCCUGUUCAGCUGUAAAGCCUCUCCCCAAAAUCAACCAGUGCCAGAGCGCACAUUCAGGAAAUGGAGCCAAGAGGACAGCGGCCAGUUCACACACGCAUGAGAACGGCUCCUCUGUUCCUCCAGAGACGUCAGUGUUUGGCCUCAACGUGUCCUCCAUCAGAAAUGGACCAGCUGGGGAGGCAGGCAUGAACAGAAAGGGCCAGAUGAGUGACGGCAAAGUUUCAGUCCAUGACACUGCCAAAGGAGCUGGCAGUGACUUAGACCACAUGGAGCGGCUGCUGAAGCCUCUCAGUGGCUUUUCUGGGAUGAGCGGUGAGAUGAAAGAACUGGCUGCAGUCAUCAGCAGGGACAUCUAUUUGCAAAGCCCCAACGUGCGGUGGGAGGACAUCAUCGGCCUGGAGGACGCAAAGCGAUUAGUCAAAGAGGCCGUCGUCUAUCCCAUUAAGUACCCCCAGCUGUUUACAGGCAUCCUGUCUCCAUGGAAGGGCUUGCUGCUCUAUGGCCCCCCAGGGACAGGUAAGACGCUGCUGGCCAAAGCUGUAGCUACAGAGUGUAAGACGACCUUCUUCAACAUUUCAGCCUCCAGCAUCAUCAGCAAGUGGAGAGGAGACUCUGAGAAACUGGUCAGGGUUCUGUUUGAGCUGGCCAGGUACCACGCCCCGUCCACCAUCUUCCUGGAUGAGCUGGAGUCAGUGAUGAGCCAGAGAGGAACCAACACGGGAGGAGAGCAUGAGGGGAGUCGCAGGAUGAAGACUGAGCUUCUGGUUCAGAUGGACGGGCUGGCAAGAUCAGCGGACCUGGUGUUUGUACUGGCUGCCUCCAACCUGCCUUGGGAACUGGACCAUGCCAUGCUGAGGAGGUUAGAGAAGAGGAUCCUGGUCAGUCUUCCCUCCUCGCCAGCUCGCCAAGCUAUGAUCUCUCAUUGGCUGCCUCCUCUCAGCUCCACAGGAGGUGUGGAGCUACGGACUGAGCUGGACUAUGAAACUCUGGCCGAGGGGACAGAGGGUUACUCUGGCUCUGAUAUCAGAUUGGUGUGUAAGGAGGCCGCCAUGAGACCAGUCCGCAAGAUCUUUAAUGCUCUGGAGUCACAUCAGGAUGGAGACACCAACAUGCCCGCCAUCCAGCUGGAAACUGUGACAACAGCUGACUUCCUGGAAGUCAUCACGCACACCAAACCCUCGGCCCGAAACCUGAUGGACAGAUACACAGCCUGGGAGAGAGAGUACGAGUCUGUCUGACAGAGGCAUGUUUUAAUGUAAGAAAAGAAUUUUAUACUGACGGCUGAAAUACAUGGGCACAGUCACAACGCGUCACGUAGGCAGAGUGAAGCAGGGUUUUUCACCUGCUACACUGACUCCGUCUUUGCAGUGUGUGGUUGCUGCCAGCCUCACUAUGUGUGUAUUGAGUUUUGCCAAGUAAUGAUGCAGGUGUUUCUGCAGGGUUUGGAAGCGCACACUGUAUUAACUGGUAGUGAAGUAAUUACCUGCAGCAUUUAAACCAUAGGAUGUGUUGACUUGAUUGAUUUGUUUUAAUGUGAAAUGUAAAAACACAACAUUGCUCUGCUGCUUCACAUUGCUUCUGUUGAAAUAUUCGUUUUUAUUUUUGAACACAUUGUCAUUUUUUUACAUAGCUCUGUGUAGCUGUUGGAGGGCGACAAGGCCGCGCUUAUAGAAGAAGAAAUAGACCAGUGCGUUAUAUUAACAUUGAGCAGUGCGGUGGUGCCAGUGCAGGCGAGCACAGUUUCCGUGGUCAGUGUAACAGCUUCAGUUGAUUAUAAUAGAUGUGCUCUGCUGCGAGCAUGCCUCGGCCGAGGUGUUGAGCCACAACGUAUCCCAUGUAUUUUGGCGUGAUAUUACAGCAUCCACUACAUGACUGUUUUGGUUACUGUGUACAAACUGACCCGCUGUUACAGUCUGCGGAAUCCAUGGCAAGAUUGUGCUCUUUAUUAGCGCUUUGCUAAUUCAACUCAUUUUGGGCUCAAGCACUGACAUUUCACUAGUAUUACAAAAACAUGAUUACUUAGUCAACUCAAUGUGUCCCCAUAACACAAUAUAACUUCUGCUGGAAAGUCAAUAAACAAUCUUCCCAAAC